AAUACAACUUUAAGGUAAACGGACAUGAAAAUAAUGAAGAUAUAUAUGGGUUUUUUUGUUCCUAUUUCCAUUCAUCCUUUUUUUUUUUUUUGUAAUUUUGUUUUGAAUUCUUUAAUAAUUGCAGAAGAGUAAUUUUGUCAGGCAUAGAGCCCAGUAAACACUUUAGUACUAAAUAAACCAAAAUAAAAUAAAAGGAACAAAAAAAAAAAACCCCAUAUCAUCACUUCGACCAAAUUUAGCUAUAUCUCUCAUCUUUCUUCCCAACAACAAAAAAAAACCUUCACUUUUGCGUUUAGAUUCAGAUCAAGAACAGUGAGAAAGAACAAGAAGACGAAGAAGAAGAACAAUCUCAUGGAUCUUUCUUCUCCUAGCGGCUCUUCCACUCUCACAUUGAGCUUCAUAGUUCUGCUCUUAGCUUCCACUGGUACUUAUGGCUCAACAUUCACAUUCGCUAAUCGGUGUGGCUUCACCGUAUGGCCUGGAAUACUGGCGAAUGCUGGCUCUCCUACUCUCUCCACCACCGGCUUCGAGCUCCCUAAAGGCACCUCUCGCUCUCUCCAAGCCCCCACCGGCUGGUCCGGUCGGUUCUGGGCUCGAACUGGUUGCAAGUUCGACGGUUCUGGCUCCGGUGCUUGCACAACCGGAGACUGCGGCUCUAACCAAGUCGAAUGCGUCGGACUCGGCGCCGCUCCGCCUGUAACCCUAGCUGAGUUCACCCUAGGCACCUGCGGAGACGAUUUCUACGACGUGAGCCUCGUCGACGGUUACAACAUCCCGAUGAUCGUGGAAGUUGCCGGUGGAUCUGGGCAGUGCGCUUCUACGGGUUGCACUUCGGAUAUAAACACGCAGUGCCCUGCAGAGCUGCGUUACGGCGACGGAGACGCUUGUAAAAGCGCGUGUGAAGCGUUCCGGAGUCCGGAGUACUGUUGCAGCGGCGCGUAUGCUACACCUUCUACUUGUAGGCCUUCCGUUUACUCGGAGAUGUUCAAAGCCGCGUGUCCUCGCUCCUACAGCUACGCCUACGACGAUGCUACCAGCACUUUCACUUGCGCCGGUGGUGAUUACACCGUCACGUUUUGCCCUUCUUCCCCUAGUCAGAAGUCGACGAGCUACUCCCCUCCAGUGUCGGACUCGUCGUCGACCUCACAAGGUUCGGAUCCUGUGCCCGGUUCGGAUACGGGUUACGCGGGUCAGGGUCAACAGACUCAAGGUCAGGUUCAGGGUUCUGUGUACGGGUCUCAGGGAACUGGGUCGGAGAUGGGUACGGGAGAGACUAUGCUACAGGACGGGUCAUGGAUGGCUGGUUUGGCCAUGGGAGACUCAAGCAGAUCAGCCUGCGCUUCACUGGCUAUGAUACUCGCCGCGUUUACUUUCCCCUUUAUUUUCUCGUAGCAUCAUCGUCUUAAUUAGGUUUCUCUGUAGUAGUUUCGUUAGCAUUUGCAUUUGUUUAGUUUGUCUGUUGAUUCUCAAUGUUUUUCGCUUCAAGACUGCAACAAAUUUGGUGUUUUAGGGUUUUGCAUUUCUAGCUUUGUCGUGUGUGCGUGUGUUCUUGUUUCAUCUGUCUUUUGAAGAUGGUUCAUGUUACGAAAUUGUGAAAUAUGUUUUUGUGAUAUAAUGAUUUUUUUAGGGUUUAGUCGA